GGGGCAUAACAUGCCUUGAAUUGCGUCGCACUGGAGCUUCCCCAUCCUCCUCCUUCCGGUUCUCCCUCCCCGUAUUUAAAGUGCUCAUCGCCAACUUCUUCUUCUUUCCACCCGCAUCCCGUCCUUUUUUACCCUUUUCUCCAAUUGAAGAGUUAAUCAAUCGCAAAAAUGUUCGCCGCUUCUCGUAUCCAGCGCCGUGCUUUCUCGGCCACCGCCCGUGAUCUCUCCAAGGUCACCGUUCUUGGUGCUGCCGGUGGCAUUGGCCAGCCUCUCUCUCUUCUCCUCAAGAUGAACCCCCGCGUCACUGACCUCGCUCUCUACGAUAUCCGUGGCGGACCCGGUGUUGCUGCUGACAUCUCCCACGUCAACACCAAGUCCACCGUCAAGGGCUACGAGCCCAACGCUGCCGGCCUCAAGGAUGCUCUCUCUGGUGCCGAGGUUGUCCUCAUCCCCGCUGGUGUUCCCCGCAAGCCCGGCAUGACCCGUGACGAUCUCUUCAACACCAACGCCUCCAUCGUCCGCGACCUCGCCAAGGCCGCUGCUCAGGCUGCUCCCAAGGCCAAGCUCCUGAUCAUCUCCAACCCCGUCAACUCUACCGUCCCCAUCGUCAAGGAGGUUUUCAAGGCUGAGGGUGUCUACAACCCCAAGACCCUCUUCGGUGUCACCACCCUCGAUGUUGUCCGUGCCUCCCGAUUCGUUUCCGAGAUCAAGGGCACCGACCCCAAGGACGAGAACAUCACCGUUGUCGGUGGCCACUCCGGCGUCACCAUCGUCCCUCUUUUCUCUCAGUCCAACCAUCCCGACCUCUCCUCCAACGCUGAGCUUGUCAAGCGUGUCCAGUUCGGUGGUGAUGAGGUUGUCAAGGCCAAGGACGGUGCUGGCUCUGCCACUCUCUCCAUGGCCAUGGCUGGUGCCCGCAUGGCUGACUCCAUCCUCCGCGCUGUCCAGGGCGAGAAGGGUGUCAUUGAGCCCUCUUUCGUCGAGUCUCCUCUCUACAAGGACCAGGGUAUUGAGUUCUUCAGCUCCAAGGUUGAGCUCGGCCCUGAGGGUGUUGAGAAGAUCCACCCUCUCGGCAAGCUCGAUGCCAACGAGGAGAAGCUCGUUGAGGCUGCUCUCGUCGACCUCAAGAAGAACAUCGAGAAGGGUGUUGCCUUCGUUGCCUCCAACCCUCCCAAAUAAAUGGUUUCUGAGCUCACUGCGAGCUUAGAGAACGGCCUAGCUUAAAAAGAACUGGGUGAUGUGGCGAAAAGGGGAAAAAAGGAUAGAGGUAAACUCUCAGUACGGAUGUCUUUCGUGUGAGAAUUGGGAACAAGAACCGGGGUGUAUGAGCGAUUGAUAUACCCAUGCUUUUCUUCCUACUGUUCUACCGCCUCAAUAGACUUGGGUAUCCGGUCUGUGUCUGUACUAUAGCAAUGAAUGAAAAAAAUACCCCAAGAUACUGUGUGCUCAGUGACUGAAUUUAGCUAGCAAGCGAAUACUGGUACUACAAUUAGGAGUAGUGAGUUUCUGGAGUCAGUAAUAUUAACUAGCCAUUAUAACGUUACAAUCAU